AUGGCGAACGCGCAGACACAGAAGACGGACAUCCCCGAGUGCCUUGCGGCCCAAAUUAAGGGUGAUACUGGAAAAUCUCUGGCAGACAUUGAAAAGGAGUGGGCAACACAGCUAAAUGCUAGGCACGACCAGCUGAAGUCCCUCGAGAGAGAGGGCCAAACAACUGUAGCGCGCUUUUUUCAGAAGGUCGCAGAGGACGGCGCAGAUCGGGUGUUCUUGGUGUAUGGAGGGGCGCUUGAAGGAAAUGAAGAUGGGGAUAGCUUCACACAGUGCUGCACGAGGGUUUUGACUUAUCGUCACGUAGACCAUGCCAGCAACAGUGUCGCAGCGUGGGCAACUGAACUAGAGGGUAAAAAGCCUACCAAGUGUGGUUCUUGUAAGACCAAAGAACGUACUCAGUCAUGCGCGGAAUGCACGCGUAACUCUCGUGUGGUUGCCUUGAUGAUGCACAGCAGUCCAGAAUACUUAAUCGUGUUCUUUGGCCUCUUGAAGGCGGGCAUAACUGUAGCUCUGUUGCAUCCUCAGCUUCGAGGGUGUCUCUUGCGGAAGGCACUUAUAGAGGCUAGCGCGGAGAUGCUGAUCUGCGACGACCUGACCCUCAGCUCAAUGCGGACAGCAUGGCUGAAGACAUCGGGGGAUGAACAGGACGCAGCGAUCGCUGCGGUUCGCCGCGAAGAUGAGGGCCAACCGGGAUCCUACCCCUGCUCUGUGUACAUCUGCGGACUCAAAGACGCGAAAGAGUCUCACGGGGAGCACAACCUGAUCCCCCAAGUGCACAGCAUCGUAAAGGAAUUUCUAACGGAUGAAGAGGUAGCCCACCAACGCGAGAACACGGAAACAAGGCCCAAAGAUGGACAGCACAGAUGCAAGCCCUCUGGAUUCCCUCUUCUUUUGAAGGAGUCGCUGCGCAAGCUGCUAGGAUCCCGUUCCGAGCGGCCCGCUGCGUCAGGUACACACUGCUCUGGCAUGUCCCUGCCAUGUUGCUGCCUAUAUACCGCCGACCUUGAAGGGCACUUGCGUGCAACGUGGGUUUCCAACAGCCGCAUCCUUUCAGCGGGUUUUUGCUGGCAGCAAGCUGUGAAUCUGACUGACUCCGACCGCCUCUUGCUGGGAGUACAGCUGUCCCACGAGGUGGGGCUCCACGCCCUAGCAGCUGCAAUUGCUUGUAAGGGGGCCUUGUUGCUGCGGUCUCGGAGCAGCUUGCUAAGUCUGUGGCCCGAUGUUAAAGCCAUGGAUGCCACUGUUCUCUGGCACACGGGGAUGAUGUGGUCCAGGCUGCUGAAGGCCCACGAAAGCUUCCAUGGAGGAGACGAAACGCAGCGUCUGGGCUCUUGGAGUGGCAAUCCGCAGCUGCGAGCAAGCAUAGGAACGGGACUGUCUGGGGCGCUUUGGCCUGUGGUGAAGAAGGUUUUCAACAUUCCCCGCAUUCUCGACUUUUACUCUCCGCGGAAUCUUCAAACUCCGCAAAUCCUCUUCAAUGCUUGGAACGUCCCAGGAGCGUGCGCUUUUGUCCCGGAAUUCGCCUGGAACUCUAAGGAGCUUGAAAGGAUUGUGGAGUUCAAUGAGGAAAAAGAGGAAGUCUACAGGCACCCAACGACGAAGAGGGGCAAAGAAGCUACUAGAGAAGAAAAAACGCUUCUUCAGAGAGGCGAGCUGGUGUCGCAUAUAGACCCUGAACACGGCCUGUGCCUCUUCACAAGCGAAGGAGAAACUGAGCAAUUUCUGUACAGAGACCUCCUCGAAGGAGGGGACAUCUGGUGCCGAUCAGGGGACAUAAUAGAGAGAGACGCCGCCGGGUUCCUCUAUCUCUCCAAACGCAUCGGCAAGUUCACUGCACCAGAAUUUCUAUCGUUUUCCGUGUUCAGCGGGCCCAGCUUCUUCAUAGACGGAGAGGCGGCGCCGUUGCGUGAACUGGCAGAGUCGCUUGUACACGAGCCCGGUGUUCGGGGUGCAUGCGUCGAAGGGCUACACGUGUUUGCGAAAAAGGAGGCAGCGCAAGAAGGAACAGUCGAAACAGAGUUGAAAAAGCAGCAAGAAGGAUGGCCAGGAACAACCUUCGAACUGUUGCAGACGGGCCAACGGCGCCACAGGCUCAAGUGCCUCGUUGCUUGCAUUCAUGCGAAGCUAGAGGUAAACGAAACAGACGCAAAUAAAGCAAGCGGCAGCAAGGCGCCUGGCUGUGGGGCCCUAGACCUCGAUGAUAAGCUCGUAGUGCUGGGUGAAGAAAAAGAGGUACGUGGCUGGAAAAGGCAAGAAGGGGCGCAAGAUCUCGAGGAAGGCUUGGCCAUGAUUACAGUCAGGGCUUUUCUGCGAAGAAUCCGCAGCAGCCUUGAUCGCGGCGUCCACUUGGCCAUCCGCCCGAAAGUCUUGAUGCUCUGCCUCUCCACGUGCUGCAACGAGGACUGCGAGCACAAGCAGGAGGGAAGCACAUGCAAUUCGUGCAACUCCAAGAUGGACCAGAAAGUGUGCCAAUGCGCUUGCGGGUGCUGCUGGGGCUGUGAGCAGUGUUUCUGCAGCCGGGAGAGCCUGCAGGGCCUCUGCGACCUCGUAGCCAGCCAGGACUGCUCUCAAGGAAUUGCUUGUAAGAGAGGGUGCAAGCGUUGUUGCUUCCUUUUCUACGCCGACUCAAAUGGAGAUGCUUUCGUCCCCCUCACGAAGGAGAGCUUCAAAGACUUCGUGUGCGAAAGCUACCCGAACUUCGGCAUCUAA